AUGUUCAGCCGUGUCCUCAGGACUGCAGCGCGCAACCAGCGUUCUCUCCGGGGCUUCGCGACAGCUCACAAUCCUGGGCCGUUCACCGAGGUCUCUACCCUUUCAAAUGGGCUUACAGUCGCGACGGAGGCACACCCUCAUGCCCAGACGGCUACUGUCGGCGUGUGGAUAGAUGCAGGCUCACGGGCGGAGACAGACAAGACGAAUGGGACUGCUCAUUUCCUUGAACACAUGGCAUUCAAGGGAACCAGUCGGCGAACACAACAUUCUCUCGAAUUGGAGGUUGAGAACAUUGGUGCACAUCUUAAUGCUUACACUUCGAGGGAACAGACCGUCUACUAUGCCAAGAGCUUCCGAAAGGAUGUACCAGUGGCCGUCGACAUUAUCAGCGAUAUUUUGCAAAACUCCAAGCUCGAAAACUCAGCUAUUGAGCGGGAGCGGGAUGUCAUUCUUAGAGAGCAGCAGGAGGUUGAUAAGCAGCUUGAGGAAGUUGUUUUCGACCAUCUACACGCAGUCGCCUUCCAAGGCCAACCUCUUGGCCGCACCAUUCUCGGCCCCAAAGAGAAUAUUCUCUCAAUAAAGCGUGAUGACCUUGCAUCUUACAUCAAGACCAACUACACCGCCGACCGCAUGGUCCUCGUUGGUACUGGGGGUGUUGAACACGCUGCGCUUGUCAAGCUCGCCGAGAAGCACUUCUCUUCUCUCCCAGUUUCCCCCAAACCCAUUCCUCUCGGAAGGCUCUCACACGCUAAACCCGCCUUUGUUGGGUCGGAAGUGCGCAUCCGAGACGACGAGAUCCCCACCGCUAACAUCGCUGUGGCGGUCGAAGGUGUCGGCUGGAGCUCGCCCGAUUACUUCCCCAUGAUGGUCAUGCAGACCAUCUUCGGCAACUGGGACCGCAGCCUUGGCUCAUCUUCCCUCAACUCCUCCCGCCUCUCCCACAUUGUCUCCGAGAACGACCUCGCCAACUCGUUCAUGUCCUUCUCCACAUCGUACUCUGACACCGGCCUGUGGGGUAUCUACCUCGUCUCGGAGAACUUGAUGAAUUUGGAUGACCUUAUCCACUUUACUCUCAAGGAAUGGACACGGAUGAGCAUCGCUCCUACUUCUGUCGAGGUCGAGAGGUCCAAGAGCCAGCUCAAGGCUGGACUACUUCUCAGUCUUGAUGGCACCACUGCUGUUGCUGAAGACAUUGGAAGGCAACUUGUGACCAGCGGCAGGAGGUUCACACCCCAGCAGAUUGAGUCUGCAGUUGACGCCGUCACAGUUGAUGAGAUCAAGCGCGUCGCUCAGAAAUACCUGUGGGACAAAGAUUUCGCCCUCGCCGCGGUUGGAAGCAUUGAUGGCCUUCUUGACUACAACCGUCUCCGUGCGGACAUGUCGUCCAUGAUGUACUAGAGGAUUGAUUAGCUUCCCAUUGGCUCCAUUCUUUUAGUAGAGUAAUGCUGAAUACAACCAAAUAUCCCAG